AUGAAAUUUACUAUAUUAUUAUCUUUUUUUUUUUUUAUUAAUUUUCUUUAUUUCGUGGAUGUAGAAUGUACUAAAAGUAUAUCUUUUAUAAAUGAGGAUCCAUUAACUCCUUUAAAUAAAUAUGAUAAAUAUCAUUUACGUUUAUUCAAAAGAGUAGCGAGAUUGGAAAAUGUAAAGAACUCAUUAAAUGGAUUAUCUACAAAAAACAAAGUUAUUAUUUUGUAUUUCUAUGCAAAAUGGUGUCCUGCUUGUUCAAUGCAAAGCGGUGAAAUGGAUAAAUUAGAGAAAUUUUAUGGGAAACAAAUAAAUUUGUUUAGAAUUAAUUUGGAUGAAUAUAAAAAAUUAGCAAAAAAAUAUUCAGUAGUAUAUUUACCAACAAUUAUUAUAAUGAAAAAUAAUGUAGUGUUAGCAAGAAAGGAUCAUUAUACAUCAAGUAGUGAUUUAAUUAAUUUGAUUAAAAAACAUUUAUAA